UUGGGCUGUUGAAGUUGGUGGUCUGUUCCCCCUUGAUGUCAAUUGGAUCCCCGCGCCCGCAAGUCUAAACAUCCUAGCUGGGCGACUUACACGACGAACGGCAGGACCCGAUCAGGCCUCCGUGGGUGAACCCCGCUGUGUCCCGCAUUUCAGGCUGCGUCCAGUCCGUCCAGGCUCCGCCAUCUGUUUUGUGCUGGAGUCUUUUGUACCUAUGGAUCCAUCAUCGCCCCGUCUCCAUCGAUUCUCUCCAUUCUCUCCCCGCUGUGAACACGGACUCCUGAGUCAGUCCCCGAGGCCUCGGACCCCACCAGAUCCAUCUUCCUCAUAAGAGCUCCAUCUUGCCUUGACCUGUCAUCCUAACGGGUCCCGCAUCUGCUCCCCCUGCCGGUUCAGGGCCAACCGGACAUAACACGCGAUACCCGACAACAGACAGCUUCAAAGAGCUCUACCCGAUCCCAACCCAACGCUACCUAUUGAACCUACAACUUGACACGCGACAAACCCGAACGCUUUUGAACGCUGCGCCCACGCUGCGCCGUCGGUCACCAUGGGCGCCUUCGACAAUCUGUUGCUGUCACUCGACGAGGGCAUCACGGAUUUCUUUGCGCAAUGGAACAUUUAUAGCACCAUCAUCGUCACUGCCUUCAUCGGCUUCCUCACCUACCAGAUCUCUACACGGAAGGACCCCGAUACGCAUCCCAUGCUCCUUGUCCGACAGUCUCAAGGGUCCCCCGUUCGACAGCCCGGCCAGUCUCCCGUAUACCGCGGCCAGUCUGCCCCCCAUGGCAUGCCGCUUCAGACCGGUCUGAACGUCAAGGAUCCCGGUGCCUCGCGCUGGGCAAGAGGACGCGACGGUGAUCUUCGCGAUGUCUGGAGGCAAGCUGUGGCUGGUGUGCAGGAGGACGGCCCGAGCAAGGGCGCAAAGGGCAAGAUCCUCAGCGUUUUCGGUACCGAACAUGUUACGGAGCACUCGUUGGACGACAUCACACGCCAGAUCAACCUGAUUGGAGGACACAUCAAGGAGCAGGGCGGCAGUCGUGUGGCCAUCUACAUUCCCAACUCUGUCGAGCUACUUGCGGCCCUUUUUGCAUGCGCCUUCUACAACUUAACGGCCGUCAUUCUUCCCUUCGAGCAACCGGAAGAAGAUGUUAUCUCAAUGUUGCGCCGGUCUGGUGCUGACACAGUUAUCACUGCACCCGGUUCUUUCCCUUUUGACCUUGUUGCUAAACACUACCCCAACCUCCGCCAGCUGAUUUGGAUCGUCGAUGAAGGCAGCAGACACAUGGACUGGAACGAAGUCCCUGAAGGCACCGGGAGCAGCGUCAAUGUUUCUACCUGGCAUGAGAUUAUCGGCGACAGCCCAGCCGCUGCUGGCCGCGAGCUCCCCCCUCUAGAAGGUCAACAAGAGCCCAGUGAUGUCAUCCUCUUCUGGCAGUUCAAGUCCGGUAUCCCAUCGGAAAUGGUUACCUUCACAGCUGGUAACUUCGCCUCCGCCAUCGCUUCCCAGCUUUUUGCCAUCCCGACCUCCCAGAAGAUGGGGCCAUCCGAUCUCUUCCUCCCCGCCGACUCUCUCGCCAACAGCUACACUCUCGUCCUGACCCUCGCCGCGCUUUUCUCUAACGCCUCUGUCGCGCUAAACUCUGUUGGAACCCAAGCCUACGACCUCGCCGCCGCGACCCGUGGCAUCUCCCCCACCAUCCUCGUCGCCACGCCGGCCGCCCUCGUCAAGACGCACCAGGAAACCGCCAGCAACUUCUCUUCGCUCAUCGCCCGCAACCUUCACUGGCUACAGACCCGCCACCUGACCCAGUACGGCGUCAUGCCCACCGCCUCGUUCCUCUCAUCCUACUACGAUAGCCUUCGUCCUUCCAUUGGCACCAAGCCCGGCAAGCUUCGCUUGAUCCUGACCGCUGAGUGUGUGGGCUCCGAUACGCCUCGCUUGUCGUCGCAGAUGUUGUCGGAUCUUAGGGCGUACACUGGUGCGCGCAUCAUCUAUGCGCUGUCGGCUGCCAAGGUGGCUGGCGCAGUGGCGCAGACGCUGUUUUAUGAUUAUCGAGUGUUUGAGGAUAAGUGCUCGCACUUUGGGCCGCCGUUGAGCAGCACGGAGGUGUUUUUCAAGGAUAUGGGAGAGUACAAGACUACUGAUGGUGUCAGUAAGGGAGAGAUAUUUGUUCGGGGACCUUCCGUCUCUGGUGGCGAGGCAGCGCUGGGCGUGGCUGGCUAUAUGAGGGAUGAUAACACACUGGCAUAUGCUUAAAAAGACGGGGUAGGACACGUUCCAUCAAUGAUCGAUGAAUGGUAGCCUGUAUGCAGGAAUGCUCUUAUUGAAUGAAUGAGCAGGGAGUUUGAGGCUGGGAGUGGAAUACCUUCCCUCGGAAGAUUACGAAAUAGACGCAUCUUCAAGGUUUCGGGUAACCAAAGACCAGACAAAUCUGAACCGCAAUGACAUUCAGGGCAUUGAGAAUACUAAACUGCAGCAAGAUCAUCGAAUGUGUGUCUUCUAGCUGGCCGUUGAAAACUGUGACAGACAAAAUAUCUACCAUGUCAGACCCAAAUAAAAUUGGAAGAGCCCC